GCUGUUACAGCCCCGCCUCCGAACUCUGUCAUGGCGGCUGCCGGUUCUCAAGCUGGCGUGAGAGGACGGGAUGUUAGGGUUGUUGUCGGCGCGACAAGCCGGUUUGGACGACCCGCUUCGCUUCCGGAGAGCGGAGUCCACACGGAGGGUUUUGGGACUGGAGUUAAACAAAGACAGAGAUGUUGAAAGGAUCCACGGCAGUGGAGUUAACACGCUUGAUAUUGAACCUGUUGAAGGGAGAUACAUGUUAUCAGGUGGUUCAGAUGGUGUGAUUGUACUUUAUGAUCUUGAGAACUCCAGCAGACAACCUUAUUACACAUGUAAAGCAGUGUGUUCCGUUAGCAGAAACCAUCCUGAUGUUCACAAAUAUAGUGUGGAGACUGUACAGUGGUAUCCUCAUGACACUGGCAUGUUCACCUCAAGCUCAUUUGAUAAAACUCUGAAAGUGUGGGAUACAAAUACAUUACAAACUGCAGAUGUAUUUAAUUUUGAAGAAACAGUUUAUAGUCAUCAUAUGUCUCCAGUCGCCACCAAGCACUGUUUGGUAGCAGUUGGUACUAGAGGGCCCAAAGUACAACUUUGUGACUUAAAGUCUGGAUCCUGUUCCCACAUUCUACAGGGUCACAGACAAGAAAUAUUGGCAGUUUCCUGGUCGCCACGUUAUGAAUAUAUCUUGGCAACUGCAAGUGCUGACAGUAGAGUAAAAUUAUGGGAUGUGAGGAAAGCAUCAGGAUGUUUGAUUACUCUUGAUCAGCAUAAUGGAAAAAAGUCACAAGCUGCUGAAUCAGCAAAUACUGCUCAUAAUGGGAAAGUUAAUGGCUUAUGUUUUACAAGUGAUGGGCUUCACCUCCUCACUGUUGGUACAGAUGAUCGAAUGAGGCUCUGGAAUAGUUCCAAUGGAGAAAACACACUAGUGAACUAUGGAAAAGUUUAUAAUGACAGUAGAAAAGGAUUGAAAUUCACUGUCUCCUGUGGCUGCAGUUCAGAAUUUGUUUUUGUACCAUAUGGUAGCACCAUUGCUGUUUAUACAAUUCACUCAGGACAACAGAUAACUAUGCUUAAGGGACAUUAUAAAAGUGUUGACUGCUGUGUAUUUCAGUCUAAUUUCCAGGAACUUUAUAGUGGUAGCAGAGACUGCAAUAUUCUUGCCUGGGUACCGUCCUUAUAUGAACCAGUUCCUGAUGAGGAGGAGACUACAAACAAAUCACAGUUAAAUCCAGCAUUUGAAGAUGCCUGGAGCAGCAGUGAUGAAGAAGGAUGAAUAUCAAUCCUUAGUACUUUUGUGUCUCUAUUGAUGAAACUGUUAAAAUGGGACUUUUUUUUUACUGUCCAGUGACAGCUAAAUUAGCCCUGAAUUUGGGUGAUUUUCCCCUCCAUGUUUUAAAAUGAAGUUAGUAUUUACAUGAAAUCCUGAAACAGACUUCUAUAUGGUUGUCUAUACAGUUGACUUCUAUAUAGUUGUCAAAACAUGUCUCCUUGAUCCAAGUUGCUGUGGCCUGGGGCAGUCCCUAUUGCUUCAGUAGAAGGAGAGAGGUCAUGGCGCUCCCCCCAUGUGGGACCUUGAGCAGAUUGUGUGAACCAUAAGAUGCAGUCUGAGAGGAUGAGCAUAUGGAGGUUUUCAGCACUGACUUUCUCCUGCUGGCUGUACCAUCACCCUGUUCAUUUUCACUUUCAAGAAUGAUUUUACUAAGGAUGAUUACAUCAAAAAUAAUAGUUGAAAAGGUAGCAUCAAAAUUUUUUAUUCUUACUCAUGUAUUCGGUUUUUGCACUGAUUCAUUUAGUUGACCAUUGUCUAGCUUUAUGUUAAAUAUUUUUGGACUCAAUCCAAAAAGUACAUCACAAAAAGUUUUUAACUUGAGGAAAAGCCCAUAUUUAUUUUAAUGCAUCACAUGGCAGUUUGUACUCAUGCUUGAACUCCCUUUCUAUGAAUCGCAUUAAGAUGAGACUAAGUCCUACUUCAUUCAUUGAAGCAGAAAAUGUCUUGGCAGGGAAUCUGGCUUAAACAUGAAAUGUUGUCAUAAAAUUUCUAUUUUAU